UUGGAACCGGUUCAACUCUUCCUCCCCUCCACCCGACUCUUUGCCUGUCAUCUCUCACCUCUCGCCGUCGUCACUCUCUGGCCAGCCCUUCCUUCACCGGCGCGACGUGCUGCUCCUUCCGGCGCCACCGCGACCAGCUUCUGCUCCAAGCCCAACGCGACCGGCUGCUGUUCUAACCUCCUGCUCCACCGUUGAGAGACAAGGCAAUGGCAGGGCGCAUCAGAUCGAGACUUCCCCUCCUCAAACGGUUUAUUGCCACAGCCGAUCCUCUGUCCGCUCAAAGGUCCACAAUAGUCCAGCAGUCGCUGCUCUGCCCCGCCUUCUCCGCAUCUGAGUGUUCAAGAAAUUAUGCUACUUCAUCAUCAACCUCAAAGGCUGAAAAUGUAAAGGUACCUCUAGCUCUAUUUGGUGGCACUGGAAAUUAUGCUUCUGCAUUGUACCUUUCAGCAGUCAAAGCCAAUGCCUUGGACAAGGUUGAGUCAGAGCUUCUUGACCUUGUCGAGGCUUCCAAAAGAAGUACUACCUUUAGACAGUUUACGAAAGACUUGUCGGUGCCCAAAGAAGUCAGAUUGAAGGGCAUCAAUGCCAUUUGUGAUGAAGCUAAACUUUCAGACAUCACUAGGAAUUUCUUGGUUGUAUUGGCUGAGAAUGGGAGGCUCAGAAACAUAGAGAGCAUCACAAAGAGGUUCAUCGAGUUGACCAUGGCACAUAAAGGAGAAGCCAAUGUCACUGUGACUAGUGUCAUUCACCUGCCACCUGAAGAGGAGAAAGAGCUGAGGGAGACACUCCAAGAUAUAAUUGGGAAAGGGAAGAAAGUAAAGAUCCAGCAGAAGAUUGAUCCCAGCAUCCUUGGUGGGCUUGUGGUGGAAUUCUCACAGAAGGUUUUCGACAUGUCCAUCAAGACUAGGGCUAAGCAAAUGGAGAGGUUCUUGCGAGAGCCCAUCACUGACAUCUUUUAAACUCGGUUUUGUCGUUGAAUGAAUCGGCAUAAACCUAUCCAACGUUAAGAGGAAGGCAAGCCUUGAUACUCCCUCCUUUUGGUUUCGGUUGCUCGAGCCCACACCUGUACCGGGUGUAAUUUGUUCAAUAAGAGAGCUGCUUUCCAUUUACAUCUGUCUCGAAAAUAGAACUCUACUGUAACGUGAGGCCGCACCAAAUGAAUUCUACUCUAGGUGUACAUGAAUCAGGAUAUGAUAGCAUUAUUGAUCGGGAUGGGAUUGGAUGGGAUGCAAUGUCUAAUGAAUUUGACUAUUUUAAAUUCCUAA